UCUGAAAGAGAGCACAGUGUAAUGAUGGUUUCUUCAUAGAUUUUACAUGAGUUGGAUCUAAUAAAUAGAAGCCAAGUGGAGGUUCUUUUUUCUGAUCUCAGAGUGCACUCUGUUCCAGGAGACAACAUGGAAGCCAUUGCGAAAUUUGACUUGAAUGCAUCAGGGGAGGAUGAACUCAGUUUCCGAGCUGGUGAUGUUCUGAAGAUCUUAAGCUCUCAGGAAGAUUGGUACAAGGCUGAGUUGAAGAGUUAUGAAGGUUACGUUCCUAAGAGUUUUAUAGACCUUCGCAUUCCUAGCUGGUUCCAGGAAGGAGUUUCCCGCCACCAGGCUGAGAAUAAACUCAGGGAGAAGGGAGUUGGCUCUUUCAUUGUCCGAGCUAGCCAGAACUCCCCAGGGGACUUCUCUAUCUCUGUCAGGCAUGAAGAUGAUGUCCAACACUUUAAAGUCAUGAAAGACACAAAGGGCAACUAUUUUUUAUGGAGUGAGAAGUUCCCAUCACUAAAUAAACUUGUGGAGUACUACAAGACUUAUUCCAUCUCCAAACACACUCAGAUCUUCCUGAGGGAUGAGAUCCAGAAAGAUCAGCAGCAAACACAGUGGGUCCGUGCCAUGUAUGACUUCGAGGCCAUGGAGCAUGAUGAACUAGGGUUUUCCAACGGAGAUAUCAUAGAAGUCCUGGAUAACUCUGAUGAUUCUUGGUGGAAAGGCUGUUUACAUGGAAACUUUGGUCUCUUUCCUGCCAACUAUGUAGAACCUGUGAAUCCACACUGUUUGUAACUUUGUAUGUUGUAAUAAGGCUAUUUCAUCAUGUCAGUAACAGGGGGGGAACCUCCUUAUGCACCCUGGGUGACAUGCUUAAUUUUUACAGUAAUAACCUAUUGGCUAAUUAUUUUUUUUUGCUUGAUGGUAGCAAGAUUUUGGGACUGCCAAAUAGACCACCCUGAAUGCCCUCUGUAUCAUUUCUCAUUGAACAAAUCCAAACUAAUUUGUUUCUUGCCUUCCAUGCCUGUGUCUUUAAAAAAAAAUCCUUAAGAGAAGCUUCAGUCAAAACUGUAUACCAGACCAGACUCAUGUCUGUUAGAAUGCAAGUUAAUUCAUCAAAUUAUCAUGGUACUUGACUACCAUGCUGGUGCAUGCCUAUGUAUAUAAUUUAAACACUGAGCUUUGGGAUUACACUCAGCAUGUUUUAUUGAAACGUGACAUAUUUUCUCUCAUAUUAAACUUGUAGGAAACUUUCAUUUCUGCAGCAGAAGUGGGCUGUACGCAGCUCUGAUUGGUUACAAGCAAUGAUGACUUGAAACAAUUUUUCAGCUAUUUCUUAAUUGCACACUUUCCCAAAAAAUUAAUAGAUGCUAAGUGUACAUGUGGCUCUUUAAAGAUAGAAAAGGUGCCUGCAGCAUGGAAAGGGGGCAAAAAACAUUUGACUGGACUAGCAUUCAAUUCACUGAUUAGUAAAUGUGUAAUUAACACUAGCAUUCCAAAAAGGAAGAAGAAGGGUUCACUCCAUUGAGGAAAAAUACAUGGCAACUCCUAUCUUUUCUGGAAAUUCCAUAUGUAUCCUAAUUCCCCAGUAUAGUAAGAUUUUAGUUUAUGCUGGUAUAUACUCAGGAUUUUAUUUAAGACAUCAUAGUAAAGUUGCAUAUAUGUUUUUACUUGAUUUAACCAACAAUCAUCACUGAGAACAUUUUUUUUCAUCUUAAUUCUUGAAACUGGACAUGGGAUUUAUUGUUGCUGCUCUUACC